GACUUCUGACUGCAGAUGAAGUCGCCAGUGCUCUGGCUCGUCGGGCUGGUGGCCGCGCUGUGCCUCGGCGGUGCUGCAGCCCGCUGCGUGCGCGGAGGCUGGGACCGCCUGAGCCGCUCGCCCCGUGCCGUCAACCAGGCCGUCAACCAGACCGCCAAGGCGCUGGGCGCCAGCCCCUUCGCGGACGAGCACGCCCUCAGGCUGUUCCUGGAUGGCGAGUACGAGAAGGGCGCCACCGCCGCCUGCAACCAGGCCAACGAGGCCGAGUGGAACUACAACGUGGACCUGACGAACCCAGCGACCACUGAGGCCUAUAACAAAGCGACGCUGGCCCUGGCCACCUUCACGCAGCAGCACUGGGAGAAGUACUUCAAGGACCUGGACGAGAACGACAUCAAGGACGCGGAGCUGCGGCGCCAGGUGCACUUCCUCAAGUCGCUGGGCACGGCGGCCCUCACCACGGAGAAGUACUCCGUGCUCAACGACCGCCUGCUUAGCAUGCAGACGACGUACAGCACGGCCAAGGUGUGCCCCUACAAGAAGCAGAGCUGCGACCUCGCCACGGAGGGCCUGAACCUGGACCCGGGCAUCGAGGAGGUCAUCACCACCAGCCGGGACUACGACGAGCUGCUGUACAUCUGGAAGGGCUGGCACGACGCGUCCGGGAAGCUGAUGCGCACGGACUACAAGGACUACGUCGCGCUGUCCAACGAGGCCGCCAAGGCCAACGGUUUCGCGGACAUGGGCGCCAUGUGGCAGUCUACCUACGAGGUGGACGACUUCGAGAACGCCAUCGACAAGCUGUGGCAGGAGGUGGCGCCGCUCUACAAGGAGCUGCACACGUACACGCUCAACAGGCUCAAGAAGCAGUACCCGGACAAGAUAGCCGCCGACAGCACGCUCAUCCCCGCGCACGUGCUCGGCAACAUGUGGGGCCAGACCUGGAUCAACCUGUACGACCUGCUCGUCCCCUACCCCAACGCCUCGUCCUACGAUGUCACUGGGGCGCUGCAAGAGCAGAACUACACGCCCAAGAAGAUGUUCGAGAAGGCCGACGACUUCUACCAGUCCAUGGGGCUGCUGCCCAACGGCAUGUGCUACGGCGAGAAGGCCCUCAUCGAGAAGCCCACCGACGGCAGGGAGGUGACGUGCCACGCCUCGGCCUGGGACUUCUGCGACGGCAAGGACUUCCGGAUCAAGAUGUGCACCAAGAUCAACCAGGACGACUUCCGCACCAUCCACCACGAGAUGGGCCACAUCCAGUACUACCAGCAGUACGCGCACCUGCCCUACGUGCUGAGGGACGGCGCCAACCCUGGCUUCCACGAGGCCAUCGGGGACACGAUCGCCCUCUCGGUGGACACCCCCAAGCACCUGCAGACCGUCAAGCUGCUCAGCAACUACGCGGACACCAAGGAGAGCCGCGUCAACGCGCUCAUGAAGAUGGCCCUCGAGAAGGUGGCCUUCAUGCCGUUCGGCCUGCUGGUGGACAUGUGGCGGUGGGACGUCUUCUCCGGCGCCACGAAGGAGACCGAGUGGAACAAGCGCUGGUGGGAGCUUAAGGAGAAGUACCAGCUGCUCAGCCCGCCGCUGGAGCGCACCGAGAACGACUUCGACCCUGGCGCCAAGUACCACGUGCCCGCGGACUCGAAAUACAUCUCGUACUUCGUGGCCGGCGUGCUGGAGUUCCAGUUCUACCGCGCCCUGUGCAUCGAGGCCGGCCAGUACGACCCCAGCGACGCCAACUCCGCCCCGCUCCACACGUGCGACUUCUACCAGAGCCGCGCCGCAGGAAAGAAGCUCGCCGCCGGCCUCAAGCUGGGCUCCUCGGUGCACUGGACGGAGACGAUGCUGGCCAUGACGAACGGCACCGAGAUGUCGGGCAAGGCCAUGCUGGAGUACUUCCAGCCUCUGUACGAGUUCCUGCAGGAGGCCAACAAGAGUCCCUCCAAGGGCACCGCCGCCGGCGUGGCGCCCGCCCUGCUGCUGUCCGUGAUGACGCCCCUCGCCAUGCUGGCCCUCUGCCUCCAGUAGCCAGGCGGCACCCCCGCCAGACUGCCUUUCUUUCGUGCAAUAAAAAACCACCUUCUGUUUUCAA